CUUUGUAGGUAGGGAAAUUAUGUUAUUUAGAUUUAGAUUGUGAGCAGGGGGGCAUGUGCUGUGUUAUUACCUGUCACUAAGGGACAUCACAGGAAUCAUGGGUGAUGUAUCCCAUUUGGGCUGACACAUGCCAUCGUAGUCAGAGUAAUGUAGGGUGGGUGUUUGCAGUGUGAGUGGAGUGGAUACAGAGGAAAUGUAGUGUGGUCACAUGUGCUUAUGAGAGCAGGCAGGAUAUAAAAUAUUAGGAGGGGUUUGGGGUUGUGCAGGCUCUAGUGCAGAGAAUGCUUGCAAGCUUUGUGAGAAGACAGACAGACAGGCAGGCAUGAAUGGGGUGAAUACAGAGUGUUUGUGCUGGGCAGACUGAUACAAGUUUGUCUAUUUAGCACUGAGACACUGCUCAGGGAUUGGGUUUGACAGCCAGGCUCAAUCUGCUCUUUGUUAGAGGAGAGAAGAUGCAUGGAAUGCUGAGGAACGUUGCAGAGUUACAAAGUAUCCAGAUCUUGCAAAGUUAGCACAUAGCAGAAGAAAGGGACUUUAAAUGCAGUUGGUUGUUUAGUGACCUUGCAAUAAGUUACACAGCAUCCUGUUUUGGAAGGAAGACUGCUGUGGGGAAGAGCCUGUGUUAUUCAGAGGUUGAUGGUGAGAUGUGGCAUUGAAAAAGAGAGAGUGUGCCCUGCUGGAUCUGUAGAGAUGCCUGGAGUGGAAGAAAGGACAACCAGCCAUGACAGUAUUUCUGAAGAACCCAUGACCACUUCACCUGCAGAAACCACCAAGGAGCAGCCAUCCAGACUCUGUGGCUACCUAGCCAAGCUUUCUGGGAAAGGACCCCUGAGGAGUUUCAAAAACCGUUGGUUUGUGUUAGACCCCCGGAGGUGCCAUCUCUAUUACUUUAAAAGCCCUCAAGAUGCCCAGCCACUGGGGCAUAUAGAUGUUGGGGGCGCCUCUUUUAGCUACGACCUGGAGGCAGAAGAAGGGCAGUUUGAGAUCCACAGCUCUGGAAGGGUCUCCAUACUCCGGGCUCCCAGCAAGCACAAGAUGGCCUACUGGCUUCAAGAAUUACAGCAGAAACGUUGGGAGUUCUGUAACAACGUUGGCGUGACUAAGCGAGACAGUGCAAUCGGUCCUGCGUCUGUGGAAGUCCCCACUGGUCUGGUUGCCAAAGAAAGCACAGAUCUCAUGAGUUUCUCUGACACGGACGAUGCUGCGGAGAGAGCUCGGAUCCAUUUUGCUGCAGCAGUGUGCCCAGGAAUACUCGGUGAGCAACUGUCUGCAGACCAUCCCUCCAGUGAUGCAGCCACAGUGCAAGGCCUGCUCAGGCAGUGGAGCAAUGACAUCAGAAUUUCAAUGCAAAAUCUCAGGCCAGGCAAAAGCAGCAACGAACAGAGGAAGAGUGUAUUCUACACCACUGAGGAGUGGGAGCUGCUAAACCCCACCUCCAAGGACCUGGAGGAAUGCCUUCUGCAGGAGGAAAGACGGAAACAUCAGGGAGACGGAGGCAAAGGGACCACAGGAUCUGGAUUGCCCCCGAAAAUAAAACGUCCCUUGCGAGAUAUGAUCAAUGUGAGCAGAAACCGGUGCAGCACAGAAGGCCUUGCUGUCGAGCCUUCGUCUGAUGCCAAUUCUCAACCAACACUUCAGGCUCAAGAUGAGGAAGUGGAAAAACUAAGGAAGGAACUGAACAGCCAAAAGGAGCUUGUGAGGAUAUUGCAGCAAUCACUGAGGUCAUCACAGUAUGAUAAAUAUUUUGCCAGUCCUUUCUGUGAUGGAAUCGCAAAAGAACACCUGCACUUAUUACAGAAAAAAGACUCUCAACUGCAGGAGUUUAGUCACCUUCUGGAGAAGCAAACCGAGGAGAAGGACAAACUUUACCAGCAGGUGGAUACCCUCCAGAUGAGCAUUACAGACUUGAAAGAACAACUUAGCAUGAUGAUGGAGACCAUCCAGGCCAAAGAUGAGGUCAUCAUAAGGUUGUCCAGGCAGCUUAGUGACUAUGAGCAGCACUCGCCCACAUCCAAUGUGGCCCCUGAAUGUACAGAUGCUUAUGAACUGACACAGCUACAAGACAGCCUACAGGGCUACAAAGCACAAAACAAGUUUCUAAAUAAAGAAAUAUUGGAGCUUUCUGCAUUGCGGAGAAACUCUGAACGACGAGAACAAGAAUUUGAGGCCAAGUAUUCAAAUCUAGAGGCCAAGAUGUGUCAGAUUGAAAGCAAGUAUCUUGUACUUUUGCAAGAAAUGAAAACUCCUGUGUAUUCUGAUGGCCAAGGACCUGCAAGGGAGGUUGUGAAUCAGUUGAUAGAAGAUGCACUUAAAGUGGAGACUGCAGAACUUCCCGAACACACCUUUAUCAGGCCUCAAAUUGUCAGCAAAUAUGAUAUCUAUGGAUUUCAGAUUCUUCCCGAAGACGAUGAUGAGGAAAAAUUAGUGGCAAGAGUAAGGGCUCUGGAACUAAGGAACUUGUCCCUCACUGACAACCAGGAGAUUUCUACAUUUGUGAAAUGGGAAAACUAUUUGGCCAGCACAGUUAAUCGUGACAUGGUGCCUUCUCCAGAGCUGAAGGGUCUGGUCAGAAAUGGAAUCCCUCACAUGCAUAGAUCAAAAAUGUGGAAGUGGUUUAUUAAUAUCCACAUCAAGAAACUCAAGGAUGGAGUACCUCCCGGAUACUUCCAAACCCUUCUCCAGAAUGCCUUGGAGAAACAGAACCCAGCAUCAAAACAAAUAGAGCUGGACCUCAUGAGAACUCUGCCCAACAAUAAGCACUACACCUCGCCCACAUCGGAGGGCAUUCAGAAGCUACGCAAUGUCUUGUUGGCUUAUUCAUGGAGGAAUCCAGAUAUAGGCUACUGCCAAGGACUCAAUCGGUUGGCUGCCAUUGCUCUUCUUUACCUUGACCAGGAGGAUGCCUUCUGGUGCCUGGUAACCAUCGUUGAGAUCUUCAUGCCAAGGGAUUAUUAUACUAAAACGCUGCAGGGAUCCCAGGUGGACCAGAGAGUGUUCAAGGACCUGAUGAGUGAGAAACUGCCACGUCUCAGCGCGCACUUCGAACAAUACAAGGUGGAUUACACGCUGAUCACAUUUAACUGGUUCCUGGUUGUGUUUGUUGACAGUGUGGUCAGUGACAUCUUCUUCAGGAUUUGGGAUUCCUUCCUGUACGAGGGAUCCAAGGUGAUGUUCCGCUUUGCUCUGGGUUUAUUUAAAUACAAAGAGGAGGACAUCUUGAAGCUGCAAGACUCGAUGUCCAUAUUUAAAUACCUGCGAUAUUUCAGUCGCACGAUCCUGGAUGCAAGGAAGCUGAGUAACAUGGCAUUUUUGGACAUGAAUCCAUUUCCGCUGAGGCAGAUCCGAAACCGGCGUGCAUACCACUUGGAGAAAGUCAGACUGGAGCUGUUAGAGCUGGACAGCAUCCGUGCAGACUUCAUAAGGGAGCGGGAGACUCACCCAGAGAGGAGAGACCUCAUCAGUGAUGACGAAGAGGACAGCUGAGCUGGCACAGCAAGAGCCCGUUACAUGUAACAUGAGUACCGAUAGGCUUCACUGAGAAAGCUGGGCUUAUAUCUAAACUGGUAUGGCUUGCCCUCUGAGAACAGUCUGGCAGAUCCCUGGGUAGAACUAUAGAGUUUUAAAAAAAAUCUCUCCAGUCUAGAUCGAGCGAUUUGCCUGGUCAAUGUUCUUGGAAUCUUCUAGAAAGAAAAUGGAAACAUACACUCUUAAAGAGACACUGUCAUCGUGAACAUGCUUUGCCGAUGGUGAUUUCGAGCUUCUAAGAAAUCUCUUCAGUUAAUCCAACAUUCUAUUGUCAGAUUACAUUGUAUUUCAGCUGCAAUAAUGCUGUCAGUAAAACGCGGCAGGAUGAAUUACCUGCUACAAUCCUGCUGUGUACAGAUAACCUUGGGGUUUGCAUUUGCAGGGCAGAUUGGAGUAUACAUUGAAGGUACAUAAGGGCUGGAAUUAAAUCCAUUGCACUGAACUUUAGCUUCCCUUCCAGUAGAAAAUCUUGCAACUUG